AUGUUGCUCAAAUCCUUCUGUUAUUAUCGGGUGUCUGGACAUGAAAUGAUGUUUCGUGAGGCUGCUUGGGAGACAGAACAACAGAAUCAACUUUCCAGAGAUUGGCCGUCGCGUGGUGAAAUCGAAUUUUCUCAGUACUCUACUCGCUAUCGGCCCAAUUUGAAUAUGGCGCUUGAUUCUCUCGAUCUGCGUUUUUUGCCUGGAGAAAAGGUGAAUCUUUCAGUGCUCACAAAAAAACGCUCUCAUUGA